CCAAUUUCAUAAAUUCAAAAUGUUUUGUCACUGGACAACUGAAAUCUUACUUUCAGUUUUUGUUUCUCUGAUGAUCACUUAUUUUUAUAAAAAUCGAAAAUUUUAUUGGCUCUCGUGGAAUCUUCCAGGACCUUUUGCUUUCCCGAUUAUAGGGAAUGCGUUGGACUUUCUCUGUGACGAUGAUGAACUAUAUGACCGGGCUGCUAGUAUUUGUGAAAAAUAUACAAGCCCUUUGAGAAUAUGGCUGGGACCAAAAUUCGUGUUAGUUAUCACAGAUGUCAAUUUGGCACAGAAAGUAAUGUCGUCAUAUAAAUUCUCUAGGAAAGAUGACAUAUAUCGAUUUCUUGAAACAUUCGAUGGAAAAGGGUUGAUCACCUCGAACGGAACUAAAUGGAAACGUGACAGACGUCUAAUGUCUCCCUUAUUUCCAAAGAGAAAUAUUCAGCAAUAUUUUCCAUCUAUUCUUCGUCACACGAAAACUCUGAUCAGCAUCCUGGAAGAUGAAGUCGAUGGAGCAACGAUUAACAUUGAACCAUUUAUUCAUAGGUGCUCAGCAGAUUUCGUGAAUGAAACAAUAUUAGGGACAAAAACGAAGGCUCAAUUUGGUCAAAUGGACAACUUUGUCAGGACACUCACUAGGAUGUACACGAUAAUUCAUGCACGUAUAGUCAAAGUUUGGCUCCAAAAUGACUAUCUGUUCAAAUUAUUUCCUUAUUAUGAUGAACAAGAGAGGGGAAAGGAAGUUAUAUUCGGUUUCAUGAAGAAGACAUUGCGGAAUGCACAAGCAGGCUUCAACAACUAUGAAGAUCGAUCUUUCCAACCCAUUAUUCACAAGUUACUUGAGAUACAGGGUGAAGUACCUAAUUUUGCUAGCGAUGAAGAGAUGCUGCACCAUCUUGUCACACUAUACUCAGCAGCCGAAGACACCAUUACCUCCAUUGUGUCUUUUACUCUUGUUCUCCUUGGAAUGUACCCCAACAUCCAGAAGAAACUUGUGGACGAAGUACUCGAUGUUAUGGGCGAAGACAAGAAGGAAAUUGAAGAAAGCCAGUUGGACAAAUUUGAGUAUCUUGACAUGGUUGUAAAGGACGUAUUGCGGUUAUUUCCUAUUGCAGCGUUCAUCGUCAGACAGACGGAAGAAGACGUUCGGUUAGAACAGUGGCUGAUCCCAAAGGGUUGUUCGGUUAUGGUUUCUAUUUACAACAUCCAUAGAAACAGUAAUUACUGGGAGAAACCAAAUGAAUUUCAUCCGGAUCAUUUUUUGCCCGACGCAGUUGGAAAAAGGCACCCGUUUGCUUUCAUGCCAUUCAGUGCUGGUCCAAGAGGAUGUCUUGGAAAACCGUAUGCAUACAUGGCUCUGAAGAUAAUGAUUGUAACGAUACUACAACAUUUCCACAUAGAAUCCGAUGGAAAACUAGAAGACAAAAAAUUGAAGAUGGAUAUCAGCAUUCGUUUCAAAGAUGGAUAUUAUCCUGUUCGACUCCGGAAAAGAUGAUGUAGCAGGUUUAAAAAAUUAUCAUCGUGAUGGCUGUAUUACGUAUAGUUCAAGGCAAUUUCUAGAGAAAGUUUCAUUAUGUAAUAAAUGUAGACUCAGGACGCUCUUACGAAGAUUUUUGGAAAUUGUUUUGCUUAUACUAUCAAUAUAAAGACGUUGAUAUUA